AUGUCGACUGAGGAAACUAUCGGUAAUACUGCGGCCGCUUCUGUGAAUGACAAACCAUCCAAGUUUGAGGGAUCCAAUUUCAAACGUUGGCAAUCUAAGAUGAAGUUUUUCCUAACUCUGAAAAAGGUUGCCCACGUUCUGACUGAGGACAUCCCAAUUGUUCCUUCUGGAUCAAUCGAGAUAACUAAUGGUAAGUCAACUGCUGAAUCUGACGGAACCUCCAAAAAGGACGCAGCUUCCAAAACGUCUGAUGGAGACUCUGCUGCAAAAGAAAGAGCCGCAGCAGAUGACUUACAGCUCCGAAAAGAAAUUGCCCUAUGGCAAGAAAAUUAUUACCUAUGCAAACAUCACAUUCUGAACAAUCUUGCUGAUGACCUAUAUGAUUACUAUAGUAAUCACAAGACUGCUAAACAGGUUUGGGAAGCUCUCCAAAGGAAGUAUGACACCGAAGAAGCUGGUGCAAAGAAAUAUGCUAUGAGCCGGUACUUGUAUUACAAGAUGGUGGAUGAAAAGUCUGUGGAAGCUCAAAGCCACGAGCUUCAGAAAAUUGCUCAUGAAAUCAUUAGUGAAGGAAGCUCGGAGACAAGAUCAGAAGAUGAAGUCUUAGUUGUUUCGAACAACAAAAAGAGAUUCGGUGCGGUUCUGAAGCCUACUGGCAAACCAUUAAAGAAUCAGAACCGCAAUGCUGUGAACCGAAUUAAGAAUGGGAAUCCCUCUAGGGCCCCAUCUGCUCCAUUUGCUAGGCAGCAACCACCACCACAGAGAAAUGACGCUCCGGUUUUCACUUGCUACAAUUGUGGAAAACUGGGUCAUAUGGCAAGGAAAUGUAAGAGCAGGCCUAAACCUGUUGCUGGAUCAAAUGCUCAAAUUAACAUGACUGAUGAGCCAUUUGUUGCUAUGAUCACUUAA